UUUUCUUGCGAUGAAACCACACGUGACACAAAAGAUCAACAGAGUGCAGCAGGGCAUUGUGGGUACUGCGUCCAAAAAGCACGUUGGUGAUCCAGCAUGGCAGGGAAAAACAAGAGGAAGCUGGAGGAUCUCAGUGUAGAUGAGUUCCUGUUGUCUGGGUUUGAUUCUUUUGAGGGUGAUGACUCUGAAAAUGAGAUUCCAGAGUGUGGAUCAGAGGAGCAGGCUGUAUCUCAGGAGAAGUCUAUAAAGAAGGGCAAGGCAUCUGAACACAAAGACCAGCUCUCCAGACUAAAGGACAGAGAUCCAGAGUUCUACAAGUUUUUGCAAGAGAACGACCAGAAGCUUCUGAAUUUUGAUGACACAGAUAGUUCAGAGGAUGAAGAGGAACAGAAGUAUCACAAACUCCCCACUGAACUACAGGUGGCCAGCUCAGAUGAGGAGGAAGCAGAUGAAAAGACUGAAAAGGCCAAGAAGACUGCAGACAAGAGCACAAAAGUCACAGCUAAGAUGAUUGAGGAGUGGAGAACAGAGCUCAAGAAAGACACUUCUGCACGCUUGAUAAGGGACAUCACACAAGCCUUCAAGGCUGCAGUGGCAACUACGAAAGGAGACAGUGAAGAUAAGUGUCGUUACACUGUGGCAGAUAGUUCAAUAUUCAAUGCGCUGAUCCUGCUCUGCAUAAAGGAUAUGCAUGGUGCCCUGAACAAACUGUUAAAUCUCAAAGCUCCAGAGAAAGACCAGAAAAAAUUAAUAAUGCCUUCUUCAAGUCCCAGGUGGCAGAAAAAUCAGAUUGACAUUAAAAUGUACCUAAGCGGUCUCGUCCAGCUCCUCUCUAGCCUAACUGAGUCAACAGUUACUGCUGCAGUUCUCCGUCAUGCCAACCAGAUGGUGCCCUACUACCUCUGUCUGCCUAAACAGGGACGACAGCUGCUGAAGCAAUUAAUAAAGCAGUGGAGCACAGGCGAGGAGACGGUGCGUGUGCUGGCCUUCCUGGCUCUGAACAAGAUCUGUCGCCACAAGCAGAGUGUAUAUUUAAACCCUGUUCUAAAGCAAAUGUACAUCGCCUACGUCCAGAACUGCAAGUUCACCUCUCCCAACUCGCUCCCCAUAAUAAACUUCAUGCAGCGCACCCUGGCAGAGAUGUACUCUCUGGACACGCAGAUCUCUUACCAGCAUGGCUUCAUCUACAUCCGACAGCUCGCCAUCCACCUACGAAACGCAAUGAACAUGAAGAAGAAGGAGACGUAUCAGUCAGUGUAUAACUGGCAGUAUGUGCACUGUCUGUAUCUGUGGUGUCGGGUGCUGAGCACUGUUUACCCCAGUGAAGUGCUGGAGCCACUCAUCUACCCUCUGUGCCAAGUCAUCGUCGGCUGCAUCAAGUUGGUGCCCAUUUCCCGGUACUAUCCAUUACGGUUACAUUGCGUCAGAGCUCUCAUCCUGCUUUCCGGCAGCACCAAGACCUUUGUGCCAGUGCUGCCGUUCCUGCUGGAGAUUCUUCAGCAGGAAGACUUCAAUAAAAAACCAGGACGCAUGAGUGUCAAACCCAUUAACUUUGCUGUGAUCCUCAAACUCAGCAAGACCAACCUGCAGGAGAAGGCUUUCAAGGAUGGCCUGAUUGAGCAGCUGUAUGACCUCAUACUGGAGUACUUCCACACCCAGGCCCACACCGUUGGAUUUCCUGAGCUUGCUCUGCCUACCAUUAUCCAGCUGAAAGCUUUCCUGAAAGAAUGCAAAGUGGCCAAUUACUGCAAGCAGAUUCGCCAGCUGCUGGAGAAGGUACAGGAGAACUGCAGCCACAUCACAAGCCGGAGACAGAAGGCUGCUUUUGGUGUAGCUGACGCUAUGGCUGUGGCUGUGUGGGAGAAGCAGGUAGCGGAGGAAGGAACUCCUCUAACGAAGUACUUCAGCCAGUGGAAGAAGCUCAGAGAGAAGGAGAUUCAGCUGGAGAUUUCUGGAAAAGAAAGGAUGGAAGACUUGAACUUCCCUGAAAUCAAGCGCAAGAAGCUUCAAGAAAAGAAUGAAGACAAGAAGGAGUUCAAAGGUCUUUUUGAUUCAGACAGCGAUUCAGAUGAUGAUGACCUAAUGCACAAACUUAAAGAUGAGGACGACGAUGACGUUGAAGGCCUUGAAGACCUCUCAGACCUGAGUGAUGACGACGAUGAUGACGAUGAUGCUUCAGAGGUAGAGGGAGACUCAGAUGGCAGUGAGGCAAAGGCUUCUACUUCUAAAGGAAAAGCACCGAAGCAGGUUUCUGGAUUGGAUCUGCAGGAGCUAGCAGAGGGAGAUGAGGACGUGGUGGAAGACCUGGAGCUUUCUGACCAAGACUGAGGACCUCAAUAAACCAGUAAUGCAACCAGGGACUGGACAUCCUGUUUGUCGAGAUGCAGAUAUUCAUCAUGUGAUUAAAAAACUGAAGGUUAUUUGGCUUUUGCACAGUUCAGCUGGGAGCAGUCAACCAGACACCUGAGUUCAGGAUUAAAGUUUCUGUAUUUCAAAACGAAACACA